AUGAGUUUUUUGGAUCUUAUUUUGCUUGAAAACAAGUUGAAUGAUAGCUUGCAUAGCGUCAAGGAUCGCGCCGAUGUGUUUGGGAGCGGUAGGGGUGAAGGCGGUGGUGGCGCAAAGUUAGGGUUUGUGAUGAGUCUAGGAUGGAGAUGUCGAGACAAUGGAGUGAGGGAAAGAGAUCGUGUUUUGGUUAAUCAUAUGACAGAGAAAGAGUAUAAGCUUAAGACUACUGGUGAUGUUUGGCAUAGUAGUCUUGGAAGCUUGACAUUGACUAAUGUGGUAAAGAUUUAG